CUCUUCAUCUCUCAAGCAUUCUCCAAAACUAAAACAGACAUAACCCAAUUCUUGUUUCAACUACAAACUGAAACACCACACACACAGACACAUAAAACCCCAAAACUCAAAACAAACACAAAACUUCAAACAACAAAUAUUCAAAGAAAAAAAAACAUCAAUCCCUUAACCAAAGUAACAGAACUCACCUUCUGGACUUUGUCUUUCCGUCAUUCAUUGCCGCCGCGUCGGAGCAUUCUCACAGUUGCCGGACGUGAAACACAGAGCUCGGAGAGUGUCGAAUUUGUCAAAGAUGUCGCGGUUUCCGUUCUUCAACCGGUCGAACACGAUUCAUUCUGAGCACUCGCAAAAACCUUACGUUCCUCAGAGCCAGCAGAGUCUGGACUGGUCCGGUUUGCUGAAUCGGUUCUAUGGAUCCGCUGAGUCGGCGAAAACCUCAAUCCGCGGGAAAAUGGUGAGGAAGCUCUGUACCUUGUUCGAGUCCUCCUCGAAGAAGGCUCCAGAAUCGGAGUCCCAAUCGGAAUCAAAAGCGAGUUGGGACUCGUGCACAACGACGACGCCGUUUCGGUUGUCCGGGACGGAGGAGCGAAUCGUGGUGUAUUUAACGAGCCUGUGCGGGGUUCGGCGAACAUUCGAGGACUGCAACGCGGUGCGCAUGAUCCUGAAGGGGUUUAGGGUUUGGGUGGACGAGAGGGACGUGUCGAUGGACAUAGCUUACAGGGAGGACUCAAUGCCACGUCAGUAACAUUUCGUCAUCUCAGCAUCCC